GGUAAUAUAAUUAAACCAAACAUAAAUGCUUUCUUAGAAGCCAUCUGUUUACAUAAACCCUACAUACAAGAAUACUAUUAACUAGCAUCGUCAAUGGCGGAGUAUAUCAACCAUUGGAGAAUCGAGAAGUUUGAUCCGGCAUGGAAUCCAACCGGUAUGCUCGAAGUCAGCUCCUUCUCCAGACGCUAUCCUCGCUACAUAGAGACUUAUCUUCAGGCGUGUUGGCAAAGUGUCAAAUCCGCUCUCAAGGAGUACGGAGUCUCCUGCAAGCUCAGCGUAGUUGAAGGUACUAUGACUGGUUCAACGACCAAGAAGACAAGAGAUCCUUACAUCAUUGUCAAAGCUAGGGAUUUGCUUAGGCUUCUCUCCAGAAGUGUCCCUGCUCCUCAGGCAAUCAAGAUUCUGAAAGAUGACAUGAGUUAUGAUAUCAUCAAUAUCCGAAAAAUGGUUCGUAAAAAGGAAAGAUUUGUUAGAAGAAGGCAGCGGCUUGUGGGUCCUGAUUAUUCUACAUUGAAGGCGCUGGAAACAUUAACCAACUGUUACAUUCUAGUUCAGGGAAAUACAGUAGCCGCGAUGGGUUCUUUUAAAGCUCUCAGAAAACUCAGAAGGAUUGUGGGAUACAUAGAGAGUACUAGUUGGGAUCCUUUGACAAUUAUAAAUGCUGAAUAUAAUAGGUUUUAGUACCUCUCUGUUGUGUAAAUGUUUAGAACUCCAUCCAGAGGUUUUUAUCUCAACCGGAAAGGAUCCAUAGUCAUUGUGUCAGAGUUUCCGGUUUGAGUGACUGCUUUGACGAAACUAAUAUUAUAUGUUGUGAUUUCGAGUCUAA